AUGCAGAUCAUCAACGCCAACAACGCUGUUCUCCUCACUGCCGCUUUGGCAUGCAUGCCCGCUCUCACCGCUGGAGCUCCGAUCACCCAGGAUGGUGCAUUGGCCGGUGCGAGCGAGACUCUCUUCGACACCUCCGAGCUUGAAGCUCGCGCUGGCUCUCUUGCCGACAAUGUCGACUUUGCUGAUGAGCCGCUCUUCGAGGCGAGCGAGCUUGAGGCCCGCGGUGUCUCUCUCGAGCAGGACAAGAAAGAUGCGAAGGCCUUCAUCAAGCUCAAUUCUCGUGACAUCGGCGAUGAUGCCAAGGCUGUCAUCAAUGGUGCUAGCGACCCUGUGAAGAAGUUAUUCGCCGCCAUUCUCAGGCUCUCUGCAAAAGAGGGGUCGCAGCUUGCUCAGGGACUUGGUGUGCCGAUCGCUAGUGCUGCUCUCAACAUUGCCGCGAAUGCUGGCGCCAACGCUCUCUCGACACGCGAGCCUGAGCCACUGCUGCCCUUCCUCGCCUUGGGAGUUCCCCUUUUCCAAGGCUUGCUUAGAUUCGGCCUCAGGACGGGCCUCAAUGUAGCCAAGCAGGGCGCGAGAGAAGGCGUCAGCCAAGGCGUGCAGGCUGGCAUCAACAAGGUGCAGAACAAGAAUACUCGUGCACUCCCCACUGACGAUGAUUUCUUCGGCGAUGAGGAGGAAUUGGCCUCGGAGGGUACGCUGAUGGAGCGUGGCCUCGACCUCUCGAGCAUCACCAAAGGCGCCAGUCCCGCCGUGGUGGCAGUUUUCAAGAUGCUUGGUAACCUCACGAAGGCGGAAGCUCAAAGGCUUGCCCAAAAGCUCAACAUUCCCGGCCUUUCCGAACUUGUGGGAAAGGUCCCGAUUCCCACUCGCGGCCUCGAGGCUCGGGACAACGAUGGCGAUGACAUUGACGUAGACUCCGGGUACUAUGCAGACAUGCAGGAGCUCGCCGUUCGCGCCCUCGACCCCAAAACCAUCCUUGAUAAUGUCGGCCCAACCGGAACGAAGAUCUUCAAUAGCUUGACCAACCUCUCCCCCGAAGAAUUGGCCAAGCUCGCCAAGAAACUCAAUUUGCCCCAGGUCGAGGCGUUGGCCCUAGCUGCAGCAGGCGCUACCGGUAACGCGCUGAGCCAGCGCGACCCGAGAUUCGGAGGAUUUCUCAGAAUUGUUGCCCCGAUCUUCAAGAAGCUCCUUAGUAGCGCUAUAAGAACUGGCACCGAACAAGCUGUCGGUGCAGCUACACAGCAGCGCGAUGUUCCAGUCGACGAGUCUCUCGAAUCCGCCGAUGAGGUCGAGAUGGAUGAGCUUUUGACCCGUAGCACCGCUAAUCCCUUCGGUCAAAUUGCCAAGGGUUCCUCCCAGGCUACUGUGGACGUUCUGAAGCAAUUUGCUGAGUACAAGAAGGCAGAUGCCCUCGCAGAUGCAAAGAAGCUUGGCCUUGCAGCUGUACCGACCUCAAAAGCAACUCGCGAUGUCUCUGCUUCUGAAGCUGGUGGCCUCUUCGACGAUGAGAUGGAAGAGGAAGAGCUGGCGACUCGUGACUUGGAGGCACGCGGGCCAGCUAUCAGUGCAGCAAUCCAGUCUAUCAUCGACAAAGCCCCCGCCGCCGUCCGACCAAUCCUCAGCGCAGCUGCUAAGCUUCCAUUUCCGGAGAAGAAGAAGAUCGCGGAGAAGUUCAACCUGCAUUUCGCGAACAAGGUCCAAGCUCGUGACCCCAAGUUCAAACUGCGCCUUCCCUCAACGCCUAAGACCAAUACUCCCUCCACCAAGCCUGACACCAAGCCUGACACCAAGCCCGACACCAAGCCCGACACCAAGCCCGACACCAAGCCUGACACCAAGCCCGGCGACCGGAACGGCCCCAAAACCAGCUUUGGUGACCGGCUUUUGCAUGGUCUGGACACCGGCCUUGCCAUCAUGGAUGUUGUCAGCCAGCUUACCGGCGGGAUGAACGGACUCGUCAUUACUGCUCUCGGCGACAUCUUCGCACAAAUGCCCGCCCAGUAA